GAAGUUGUCUCUACGGGUGUUUGAAACCAACAGGAAGGCGGACAUGUUGGUCAGGCUGUGGGAGAAAAUCGGGCAUCGUCUGCUGUUUUUUUUUUCUUUUCUCGAAAACUAACACAUAUCUAAACCCAAUGAAAACGUCCUCGAUUUGAGGAAGUGAACCGUUUGGAGGAUAAACUAUCGACGCAGAGUGACAAUGGCCCGGAUGCGGCGGAAGGACAGCCGUUAAACGUUGUAACGAGUCCGUGUUUAAACCGAGCGAAAUUUGGAAGAAGCAGAAGUUUUUUUCCCACCACUUCUACUUUUGAGCUGUCAGAUAAUAUUGUCGCUUCUACAAGGGCCUGGCACAGCUAUGGGAACGGGCCUGGACUAACCUCUCAACAAACUGUGCUCUCUACGAAGACAUUAGAUGAGUUAAAACUUCCUUUUGUUUGGAUGCAGUAACAUUUAAGCCCUUCUCCCCGGUGGCAUCCUGCGGAGGCUGACUAAUCUGUCGCCUCAUUUAUCUUUUGCCACUGAAGUUAUACGCCACUCAGACUGGGAAAAAAACCUCUUUAAUCUCCGAAAUGUGGCUUUUGUACAUUCAACGCAACCUUAAACGUUUUAUCGUCUGUGAAAGCUCGAGGAGAACGAUGUCCUUUUUGUGAAGUGCGGCGGAAAGUUCACACGAAGAAAGAAACAUUUGGCUAGCUAGCUACCGCUGGCUGCUAAAGCUAGCUAGCCAGUGAGCUAUUAUUGUUCAUAACCCAUCGCCGGGACUGAGAUUAACAGCAAAAAUGUCCACUGGGGAAAGCAUGGGGGCUCGGUUUGAAAAAAUCGAUGCCAUGUUGAAGGACCCGAAGUCAGAAGUAAACACGGAUUGUCUUCUGGUAAGUUUGUAGCCUGCUAGCUGACAAAGUGGCUAUGCUAAGCCACUGGGAUCUGUCUACUUCUUGGAGCAGAGAGUGUUUUUGAGUCCAACAAGUCGUCUCGAUUGUCACUGAAGGAAUGUGCUGAUCCUAACGCCGACAGGCCAUGUUGUCUCUAACACUUGAUCAAGUUCAAACAAUACAAACAUACACUGACUAGGCAUAACAUAAGGGCAGUCGAAUGCAAUCCAACACAGCGGCUCGACCACAAGUUGCUGUUUCAGAAAGCUUCUGAUUUUGUUGAUAUGAUCAGAAAGGUGAUUCAGUAUAACAGAUGUAUUGUUGAAGACUCAAUGGUUGGUGGUAUUCUGGAUUAUUACUUUGGGAGGUGUACCGUAUGUGUUGUCCACUCCAUUAACAAACAUGAAGGGAGCAUUAAAGCACAUUUCAUAUGCACUCCGGUCCACUGCCACCACCCAUUACGACUCAAACAGUUGUUUCAAAGACUUGUUCGACCAUGUCAACAGAACUGGAAAUGUGAAAGCUUUGAAGAAGUUACAUUUAAGGUAGAGCUGUUGUAUCAAAGCCGCAUUAUGUCGCCCAUAUGUUCUUAAUUAUCCUGUAAUCCUGAUAUCUAAUGUUGUAUAAAAUUGCAGCAACAGACAUUAGGGUAGAUAUUUAGUAUUUGAGAUAGGGGUCUAGUUCAUUAAAAGCAAUGGGAGCCAAAAUGCACUGACAGAUGGCAGCCGUGUGUCUGUCCUCCCACAGAUAUCAAGAGAUCCCUUCACUCAUUUCCAACUCAUAAAAGACUGUUGUGGUUUAAGAUCAUUAGGAAACAGUAGCAAGGUGUGCUGUUUAGUCUAGAUUUACUUAUCCAAGCUUCAUUUGAAGUGAUAGCCUGCCCGCAUGCCUGUUGUAACCUGCAGGCCUCCAGCAGCUGCAUCAGUACACCUGUUGGCAGAAGUUUGCCCUGGCUGCUUCCUGUCGGGCUCCAUGAAGUGAGUCUCCUGUCUGUGGAAAGAAAGCGCUGCUGCUGCCACGUGCUAAACCCUAGAGCAACACCUUCACAGGUUCUUAUUACAUGCGGCAAUCCCAGGGACUGAGUCACCGUGGAGUAGAUGCCAAAGGGGAUGUUGUUGUGUCAAGUGUUUGUUGAUAUCAGUAGCCUCUCAGCUUGGGUGACAGUGGCAGUGAGUAUUGUUAGAGGGAUUUGCUCCUUUGUGACUCAUUGCAGUCCUUGCCCUAUAUAAGGGCAACAAAACCAGAAGUCAUGGGGGCAAAUGAGUGGAAUAUUUUGCCAGCGAUUCCUGGGACAGGGCUUGACAUCUUUCUAAACACUGUUAUUCACAAUUUGAGCAUUUACACCAAAAACGAACGAAGUUUGAGUUUGAGCAGGUAAUACUCAGUUUUACAACAUGAUCAUAGUGUUCCCAGCGCAUGGAGUUGUGAUAGCUGUGGCAAUAAUUAAACACCAUUUGGAUGCAAUCAGAUGAAAUUCAAUCUAGCAAUUAGCUUCCCUCAGAAUUAUUGGUGCCAAGUUAGUGGUGUAAAAGUGCUUUGGGGUUCAUGUUAGAAUCAAAGAAAAAUAUCACAAACAUGGGUGCUGUGUAAAACAACCAAAACAGCAGAAAGACAAGAGUGAGUUCAAGCAAAUAUGCACUCUUUAUUUUUGUAUUCUUGUAUGUUUCUUUUACAUAUGUUGUACCUUUUUUAUAUUAUUGAUAUCCCACAUCAUCUUCACAUGCAGGCACUGGUGAGCUUUCGUACCUUGUACUUCUAAUUAAACCUUUUACACUGUCAGUCAAAGGGGAAAUAGUUACACUUCUAUAAAGUUCAAUGGCAUCAUGACAGCUGAGCUUCAUUAAGACGCUGUUUGUAUGUAUUCACAAACUUGUAAAGUUUUAACGAGGCUAGACUUUCUGAUAUGAUAUUGCUUAAAAAGGCAGUAUGAGAUGUGAUCAAGCAAUGUAAGAAUAACUUGAUAGUAGCCUAAAAAUGUAAUUGUUUACAAGUAAAUAAAUGUGCCAUGAUAACAAACAGUAACCUCAUACGAUCGAGUGAUAUCCUGCAAAUGAGAUGUGUUGCAGGCAGGACAUUAGGUGAGUCGAAGAAGUGCAAGAAAAUAGACCCAGACGAAUAGAGACAUCUGUGGCAGAGCCAAAUAAUGCUUGUAAAUAAAAGGCUGAUAUAAAUAAACAGCCAGAUAAUCUGUCUACCCCUCUUCUGAAUCAUUGAGAUAUAUAUAUAUAUUUUCAUAAUUGUAUGAUAUAUUAUGUUAGGUAAAAACAGACUUGCAAACACAGCAAAAGAACAUCAGGGAAGCUUUUCCGGGAAGGGGGCUUGACCUAAUACACCACCCACACACCCUUCUUGUUUAGUGUUUUUAGAGGCUGCUGUAGAUAGGCCGCUUUCCAAAAGAAAAGUUGCUUAGUCUCUUUGACCUCCCAUCCUGCUACAGAAAGAAGCAAUUAAACUCACCUAAAAAGUGCACACACUCUGCAUUUUUAAUGGCAGAAAGCUGUGGGGACUGUUCCUGCUGGCAGCCUCACACACAAGGGUGUUGUUUCUCUUUUUUCCCCCCUUUCUGCAAUCUCGCCUGAUCAAUGAAUGGAGGCCUUUUGCUGAGGCUCUCUCAGCGACCAUGCAACUCCACCCACAGCUUAAUAAAAUUCCAUGCUAAUCAAAUAACCUCUUGUCUUUGACUGGCCUGGAGUUCCCUGUGUGUCCCAAAGCCAUUCUGCACGUCUGGAGAGAGUUGAAGCCAUGCAGGCAGCUCUGAGGUAGCUGGGUGUGGGCUCCACUCUCUACCCAUAAACCAAAAUUAUGUGGACCGAAGACUCAUGUUUCUGAAGGCCGUGAAUCAGGACAUUUAACUCAUAAAGCAGCCAACAUGCUUGGCUAUGAGUAAUAUGUUCCAUCAGAAUAUACAAUGCAGGCCUUUUACUGGCUAUGUUUCCGUACCUGGGUCUUGAGCUGGCAUUGCUCGAGCUCCGUUGGGCUUGUACAUUUUUUCCCAAAGAAGCCUGGACUGUGUCGUGUGAUGGUGACAUUUGGCCCGCACCUUAACACUCAGCUCCAGGCCGGCCUGUUGAGCGCAGUGGCCUGUCGCCCUUAUCUUCACCCCUUAAAUAAAUCCUGCAGGGAGAGAAGAGCACUUUAUCUGGAUUGGCUGCCCCCCUCCUCUAUCAUUGUGCUCCAGGCAGGCUUCUAAGAGCCAAUGUGAGGAGACAGAAUUCCUGACAUUGUGAUGUGAAAGCUCACUGACAUUAAGAGACUGAGGAUUUUCUCUCAAUGCGUUUUAUCUAUCUUGAACCGGAUCUUCUUAUCACAUAAUUCAUUCCCUUGACUCAGUUGGAGGUUCUUCAAAUGUACAUUUAUAAAACUGCUGUCAAAGUUUUUGUUGCUCCCUUUAGUCCCUCACUGGAGUGUCAUUUUGUAAUCCAAAAAGAGAGGGUUGAUAUGUUGGAACUUGUUUUGCAAAUGCUCUACCUCUAUUUAGGGUGUAUUACUGCUUCCUGGAACAGUCUUUGUUCUUAGUUUGACACUUGGGGUUCACUUCGGCAUCUUCAUGUUUUGAUUCGUCUUUCAUCUGCUACUCAGGCUCUUAAUCUUUAAUAAGAAUGGAUAAAAGUGAGCUGCAAAAAUGAGUUUCAAAGAGCAUUAUAAAUGAAGUGAAAGCUGCAUGUAUGACUUGGAUGGAUGUUAUUUUUUCUCCUAGAUUUGAAAAACGGAGCACAGUCUGUUUUGUUUUUCACACAUGUAAGUCUUUUCAAUGAAUGACAUGUUGAAUGUGUUAAAAUCAUAUUCGCAGGUUAAUGAAUACACACGUUUGCCACCCAAAUUAGAUUUCAUCCCACUGCAAUGUCUAUAAUGACUAAUUAGAGCAAGCGUUUAUCUCAUUAUGAAUACUUAAUGGGGCGACUUGGCAAAUAAAUGUGAAACUUUUUUAUAGUUUUGCUUUUUUCAAUUAUAAUGCCAAUCCCCGCAGUCAUAAUGCAUGAGGCUUUCUCCUUAGAGCAAAACUCAGCCCAAGGUGCAAAGCUCAGGCGUCAUCCCAGGCAUUCAAAACCGCCUCAAUAACUUCAGACUCCCCACUCAAGAAUGAUUUGUAGAACGGUCUUUUCUUCUUUCAUUCUGCCGCGGCACAGCUUAAGAAACAGCCUGAGCAAAGUCAGUCUUUGUUUCAGCUCUGUGUAGCGCCUGCCCUCGUUUCAGCGACCUUUGCCUUGAAUGGACCAGCCUUGACUGUAUGGUGUUGUUUGCGCUGAUAAUGCAGCCGUUGGUCUCUUUUUGAUUCAAGGAGACGUACAGAAAUGAUUGUCAGUCAAGAGUUGAACCCUACAUUUAGCUCAAUCAAACGACUCGGCCUCAAUCUGGGCAAAUUGAUCAUUUAAUACACAAGAUUGUCAGUCAACAAGAGAUAAGCGAUAUCAAUAUUUUGUCAAUAUUCUAAUUUGAGCUGUACAGUGUGUAUUUUCAUGCACUUGAAGUUAGUUGCAGGUAGAAUGCACUACAAACUUUAAUGCAGUGUACCGUUUUCUUUGCAGAAACACUCCUUUUCUUGUUGAUAUCUAACACUCCUCACCUUGAGCCUCAGUUCAGACUCUGUGAAGGAUUAAAAGUGACAAAAUAGUCAUCUUCUGGGAUUAUCUCCUGCAGGUGUGUCUCAUUUCUCUGCAAGUCUUUUUUAUUCAUAGCAGCGUAGCAGCAACAAAAGCCUUUGGGGAAUAGUCCAGAAAUAUAUAAUGUGUAUGUUAUUCACAGUUGGAUGUUUGUUCAUAGGAAAACUGUGAAUUUAGCUUCUUUUGUUCCUAAUUGCAUCUCCUUGAGCUGAGAACAUGGAUCUGUUGCAGCAGUUGUAGUCAGCGUUGGAUCCAUCCCUAUUGUCAGUAAGGUUCAGGCCUGUUCCAUAGUAAACUGCUCUCCUCAGCUAUUCAGCGAGCGGAGCAACAAUUGGCCGAGUUAUUUGUAGCUCCGCAGUCCCUCAAACGGCUGAUUAUGUGCAGGAAUGCAAACUAAAAUGAUCCUCUAUUAAUAAUGAUGCGCGUUUGCUUUGAUAUACGCCCACAGAACUUUAUAGCUUCCUGCUCUGUCUUUAAUCUCAUUCUUUUAGGGCUUCAAUUCCUGUGACUUUGUCCCACUUAGACAGUCCUCUACGACCCGUGUCCGGUGAAGAUGUUGGAAGUGAAGUCAGAUGAUGUUUAAUAAGAAGGUUAUUGGUUGGGAUGAGGUCAGAAAUCCGGGGCAGAGCUGGCAGAAAUAGCAGAGUUUCGCUUGAGAAUCCGGAGCCGGGUUGGUCAGUGGAAACUCGUGAGUGCUUCUCCACUGUUGCUAUGACUCAAUUAUAUUUUGACAUGAAAGCAUUUGUGACAGUGAUUCUCGCUCGCUGGGACCUCAUAAGGAAAUGGAAUGCCCCUGUUUUGCCACCCCUGGGUUCACUGUCGCUGCCGUUUAUCCAGUAGAGUUGUUAGAUAUGCACUCUUUCUAGGUAAAUGGGAUCUCCUGUCAGUAGAUGUUAAGUAGAGCUGGAGUUUGUACUCAGUGUUUGGUAAAAAAAAAACUUGAAUGAGUCUUGUAAUGAUGGUGGAUUUCACCAUUAUCCAUAAAAACCAAAGCAGGUAGAGAGGUUCCCUGUAUUCGUCUGUGUCUCUACCUGAGAGCUAGCAGUGAGGAAGCAAUGCGGCGUCAUGCUUUGAAUAACUUCACUGGUUUGUAUGAUCACAUUUGUCUUUCCACAGGCCCAACCUGCAACGGCACGGCCCGUAUUUGCAUGGCAAACUGAGCGCCUGUCUGCACAAUUGCUCACAUGUGGAAAGCAUAUUGUCUCAAAGAGGUGGCAGAAAAGGAAGUGAGGAGCAGGGCUCUACUCAGACCGGUCCACAUGCCUCGCGCUGGCAUGCAGAAAGGGAUGAUGUGGCUGAGUCUCCCAUGGAAAUUUUAACUCAGACUUUUUGAUGUCUGGAAAAGAGCUUGUGUGUGUGUGUGUGUGUGUGUGUGUGUGCGUCUGCGUGUGGAUUUCUCUCCCCUUGAGCUUAAAGAAAUAAUUACCAUAUGUGAUGUCAACCACCGGCCUUUGCGUUUUGUACAACUACACAUUUUUUUUAAUUUAACCACCACGUUUCAUUAAUAGGGUGAUGAGAUGGUUUUACAUAUUAUUAUUCGGUAAUCCCAGGGAUGUGUCGCCCUCUGGCUGAAGCAGCAUCAGCAGAAAUAGGAUAACAUGGAGUCCUGCGAGCUCUGGUUUGUUUUCCCAGGGAUUUUUCUUUUUUUUCUCUCCAAAGACUGCCACAUAGUAGGACAUAGCCCGUGGAGCGCUGUGCUGCCACCCAAUACUUGUUACACUCAGGGAAUUUUAAGCAGGAUUUGUCCCUGUUUCUUUAGACUAGGUUUUUAGAUUAUAAUCUGUGUACCUUCUAACAAUAUGUUGUCCCGCUAACUCUAAAAAAAGGAUUUAAAUUGUCAUAUUGCUCUUGCCUGGUGGAUUCAGGGCUUUUCUUCGUAAAUGAAGAGAUCUGAGAAGCUAAAUUUUAAGACCACAUACACUGUUGAAGUGGUUUUUCUCUCUUCAUGCCCUUUUGUGUUGCACUUUUUUUCCUUCAUUUUGGCUGGAAAGAAGAAAGGAGCCUUAUGGAAAUUUCAGGGCUGGCGUUGAUGCUUAUCUAGCAGCAGCAUCACCUCAACAAAUUACUCUGCAAUACUGGCUACAAAAAGAGCUUUGUCAGUGAUCCCAGAGUAUUAGCAUUAAAUUUGUUAGCGUAGCCUGGAGCUGAGUUCGGGAAGAGCUAUGUCAGUGGGACUGGCUGGCUGGCAGCUCCAUCUGGCCCAGCGGCACAGCGGUCUGAUAGCUAAAACUAGGGCAGCAGGAUGAUUGUGGCUACUAACCCUCAACCUUGAUGAUUACAAGCCAAAAGUCAUCCUCGGUUAAACGCGUCAUAUUUAUAACUUGAACCCUCAUGACCCUGCAUCUGUGUGCGUUGGGUGUUUGUAAACAUAAUCCAGUUAUGGUUAGUGACAUACACAGACGCAUAAAUGCUGAUGUGUGAGGCAUUUAGGUGCAGAUUUUUGGAUUUGCACAUAUAAUGCUAUGUGAAGAAAUGUCCAAUAUUUUCCAGUGCUGACUCCUUUAAAACUAAAGUCAGCAGUAUUUUUACAAAGCAUUGAAAAGUACCGUAGCUUAUUUAAAAAAAGAUAAAUCUACAGUAGGUAUGCAGAAUAUAUUCAGCACAUUAUUCCCAUGAUAGAUAAUUGCUAAAAAUUUAUAUUACUGCAUGAGCAGAAAGUAGAGUCUUGAUAAUUAUAUGGCACAUUUUAGGAGAUGAAGUAGUUAUCUGCAUGCAGGGAAGAUUGUGGCCAUACUAACAAUGAGCUUCAAGUGCAUGUCGUGAAAAGGGCAAAAUAGCUCUGUAAUGGACAGCUGAUAAGAAUAAGAAGAACUGUAUUAAUCCCCAAAGGGAAAUUCAAUUAUCUGCUGUCUCACAUAAUAUGUCUCUAAAAGUUAUCUACUAUUUACACAAGAGUUAUAAAAUCUGAUGGCUGUUGGUACAAAAGAUCUUCUGAUUCUUUCUGUCCUGCAGUGAAGAGAGAGAGGAGCCGUCCACCAUCAUUGGCCCUUGGGUCCAUCAAGGUGAUGUGAAGUGGGUGAUCUUUAGAAUAGUCUCCACCUUCCUCAGUGUAGAUCUCUCCACCACAUCCUCCACUGAGUCCAGCUUGAGUCCAACCACUGAGCCAGCCUUUUUCGGCAGUUUGUUAAGACGUCUCGCAUCUUUGUGUUUAAUGCUUCCUCCCCAGCAGACUGCAGCGUAGAACAGAACACUCGCCACCACAAACUGAUAAAACAUCUGCAGCGUCUUACUACAGAUGUCUAUUGAUCGGAGUCUUCUCAAGCAAAAGAGCAAGCUCUGGCCCUCUCUGUAGAUGAAGUCUGGGAGCAGCAACAAAACAGUUCUGAUAUAACAAUACUAUCUUAACAGUGCAUCUCCAGAAUUAUCAUUCUGAGCUGCAUCAAGAGGGUCUGCAAAGAACCAAAAACCUGUUAGCUGCUUUUUUUAGCCAUUCAACACAGUGGAGAUGUACAGCAGUGAUGGUGACAUUGAAAUCACUGGAUUCUUUUCUCUCUAUGACCUGCCUUUCACAAUGGUGGAAUAUGCCAUCUUCCACAGACUAAAGAUACACUUGGAUCAGUAUCAAUGUUGGCCAGAAAUGAGUUCAGAGACGUUGAGAACUGGCAAAUCAAAUAUAGUGCAUCCCUGAUCUGCAGCCACGUUUUCAGCCCUGGAACCUGAAGAGAGGGAGGAGGUUGAUGUUUGGAGAUCAAGUAAAGAGUGAAUACUGCUAAUGAAAAAUAAGCAAUGAAGAUGUUAUUUAUCUGUAUAUGGAAUGAAUUUGUCUCUGUUCAGCAGAGCAACGAAAUGCAGUUUGCAUCCACCCAGAAGUGCUUAGCAAGUAUAAAUAUAUUAACAUAUGUACAUGGUAUGAAGGAGAUAUACAUGAGUAAAGAGAGUAUAUCACAGGUAUAAAGUGCAUGUAAUUGUAGAUAAUUGUAAGUGGUGGUUCAGUGGUUGUGAGUGUGUGUGUGUUCUGUGGAUGCACAGGAGUUUAAUUUUGAUCAUGACAUGUAUCAAUAUCAUCAAUUUUUUAUUAGAGUUGUGUCAAAGUGAAUAAUUCUGGUCUCACAGUUCAGUUCAUGACAACCCCCCUCUAUCUUUACAUGAGAUUCAAAUACUGAGAUUUAAAAGACUUCGACUAAAUAACACACAAAACACAAAAGCUGAUUUCAUGUUUACAGUUUGUUCUCCUAACCUGCUUUGUAUAAUCUAUUAAGCAUAUUUUAAAUGUUUGACAUUAUUUUUUACACGCUAAACCUGCUCGUCCUCGUCACAGCAGUGCCUCAGUCGAAAAAAAUCUCCCCACUCUUCUUUUGUUUUUUCCUUCAUUUGUUCUUCUGUUGGACUUGCCAGCCGCACAUGCACCAUUCCUCCACUCCCUCCUCCCUCUUUCCGCCCCUGUUAGGAAAAGGCACUAAUGCUGAUUGAACAUAAAGCUCACUUAUGUGACUCUGUACUUGGGAUGGAUUUUUUUUUUUUCCUCCCUUCCUUCACUUUUUGUUGAGAACUUGUUUGGCCACAUACCUAAAAUAGCUCUCUGACGUGUACAGUCCUGUUAAGGAAUGUUACUGUGGCUGUCCAGAGUUCUCUGCGGCAGGAAGUUAUGCAAACGUGCAUUGCAGAGCACAGAGCCUUGUGAUUAGGGUCCUGUAGGACUCAGUGCUUUAGCGUCAUUUUUCCAGUCCAGGCUGUGGCCAUCAAGGUCCCUUUUGUCUCACAGGCUGUGGAUUCUACCCCCUGAAAGUUGACUUCAUGUAUAGAAAUAUUUAAGUUGAACAGAUGAUGCCUCUGCUCAGCUCAUGUGCCGAUCACAACCUUGCUCUAUCAUUAAUUCCCCCCUUUCUCUAUGAAUGUCUAAGUUGCUUUUGUUCUGCCCACCAGCCAUUCUUCUCCUCCCAUUUUUUUUCUUUCCCCCCUCCCUUUUCUGCUUUUCUUCCAGCUCCCACCCAUCCCACAGGGCGACGGCUUGUUUAAUGUCUCAUAUGGGUGGUGGUAGGGGGGGUUUGGCCCUGACCUCCACUGCUGAGCAGAAGCAGCAGAGUUACUUAAGAGGAUUCCUGGUCAUGUCUGAGCUGCUGAUUCAACAUGUGUCAUCAUUGUUUUGCUCAGAGAUGCAAAAGGGAAUCCGCCGCUAUUAACAGAGGAUCAUUCCGGAUGCAGGAAUAACCAGAUUCUUGAUGUGUUGGUGAAUUCAUAAGGGAUGGCACUGAUAUCAACAAGUGGAUAAUUUGUUUACAAAUGAUGUGAUUAAUGACGUUUACACUUCCUAGCCUGUUCAGAUGAAAUAUAGAUUUAUUAAUAUUACGGAGAAAACAUGUUGGUUAGACCCAGAAGAUGCUCAGUUUCCACAUCUGGCCCACACCUGCUGAAGAGAGGAAAUGCAUAACUCAGCGCUGUUUUCAAGUGUUUGUGUGUGCGUCUUCUUUUAGCCAUUGUGGAUUAUGGAAGAUUAGAUUAAAUCCCACCAGUAGCACUUAUAUGCCUGACCCAAGAGCUCUUGGAAUUCCAGAGAUGCAUCCUGAUUUAAGAGCCUUUGCAAUUUUGUUCAUCUUCUGCUUAAAAUCUCAUUGUGAAGUUAAUAGACUACAGUACGCAAGAUACAUGAAAAGGAUUCUGAUAGGGGUCAGAUACUGGUGAAAUAGAGGGGAAAGAACUUGAGUGACUCUGAUCGGUGUUGCAGCCCUGUACUGUAAUGUUUUUGUCACUGUAUGGUCAUGGUAGCCACCACCCUGUUGCCUCAUUCAUCUUUACGGUCUUUGGUUGCUUGACUAAGAAACUGAACAGGAUGGGAAAUCCUGCUUUUGGUCACGAAGCCAAAAUCAACAUCAGCCCAUUCUUAAACAUCAUAACACAGCUGUAUACAAAAACAAAACUGUUAAAUAACACUUUUGUCCAUGUUUUAAAACUCUCUAUCAGAGUUUGAAUGUUCAAUUUUAAACAAUAUUCAAAAUUAAAACACAUAGUUAGUUCUGAUAACCUUAUGAUCCGACAAAUGCAUUCUUCAGUGUUCAUAGUGCAAGGAUGAAAGCAUUUAAGCAAAUACUAAGUCAGUGAACAGUUGAAUUCAGUCAGCUUUAGCAUCCAAAUUCAAGAACUUUCCCAUGUUUGAAGAUUUAUUUCUGCUGGUAUCUUUAACAGCCGCACACAGCUGAGUAUGGGAGAAGUGUGUAGAGCUGAGAGCUGCAGAAGUCAGUCUAAAGCAGAUUAUGUUAGUUCCCUUAGAAUCUAUUCAAUUAUAAGUCAGAUGUUUUUGUGAUUUUCAGUUUAUGUCGUCCAGCCGUGCGCUCUCUGGCAUGACUCAUGAAUGCAGCUCAGGUCAGCAGCUGACUGAAGCCUGCAGAUGUCGACUACCUCUCUCAGAAUGACUACACUACACUCACAGGAAUAGAUUUUUUUUUUCCUCCACCUUUGCUACUGCCUGGAUGACAACUUUGACAAUAAUAAAACCAGACCUACUUUCAUUUAUCUCUGAUGCUCAAGGCUCAUAUAGAAACACUAAGUCUUGCUUGGGUUAACAAGGUGCUGAGUGAAAUUGAAUGAAAAUGUAGGAUACCUGCCAAUGUUUAUGUGAAAGCUUAAAUUCAAACCUUUUUAUGAACUGACAGCAGUGAGCUGUGGUGGCUGUUUGUGAUUAUUAACAGGCUGUACACGUACUUCAUAUGCUGCCAGCUCACGGCACAGUUAACCACGCUCUAUAAAAAAAGAUCAAUUUGUUUCCAUUUGUAAAUGAGGUUGUGACCAAUUUUGAUGUCACCGAGGUCCAGUACUUGGCCGCUCUCUCCAAAUUUAGAAAAUGAGCACUAUAACUGUAAAUCAAGUCACUUAUUGCUGGUUUAGCUGCACUGCAACUCACUCACUCUCUAUCUCUCCCCUUCUCUCUCUCGCACUCUCUCUCUCAUUAUCAGAUUAAAAUUCUGUGGUUAGCAAAAAAAUCACUUCUCCACGACACUGUGUUUUCUGACAGUGUGUUACAGAAAUUGGUCACACAGAGUCGUUGCUCGGUUAGAUUUAGUUUUUUACUUUUCUGGUAAAUGCACAAAACAAAAUUGGUCUUUUCAGUCAUGUUACGGAAAACUCAUGAAUUCUACAUAGACCCACCUGCAUGCAGUCAACAGCAAUAGACCUUAGACCAAAAUACACCUGAAACAGAUGUUUGUUAAUGUACUAAAAUGAGGAAAUUAGCUGGCAUCUGCACAUUUAUAUUGAUUUAGAGCUUAGGCUAACUCAAACUAAUAAAAACUAGAAAAGAAAAAAGAAAUGAUAAGUAAAUGAAAACUGUGUCUCAUGUUCACAAAACUAACAGAAGCUGACUAAGAUUACAGACAAAAUGUCCUUCGUUAUCGUUUUUGACAAUAUUUAUUAGCCUUUAGGAUUCAUAUUAAUCCGACACAUUUCCCCAACCAAUUUUACGACAGUUUUCGGCAGUUAUCAGCGCCGUACAGCACCAUCAUAGCGACGUACUGGGACGUGCUUGUUUACUGCUCUGACUGGCUGUGCGCUGUGCUGCGACGGAGCUUGUGUUGUUGGAACAACUUGGAAGAAAUGGCUAAAGUUGGGAGGAGGAAGCAGUGUCCCGCCUCCCGCCUGUAUGUUUAUAUUUUUUAUAUUAUUUAUAUUAUUUUCUUGUGCUUAAGGCAGCAGCCAACAGUACAGUAUUAGCAUUGACUGAGCAGUGAGCACUAUGUUGGGCUUGAAAACAUAAACCUUGUCGCAAAAAUCAAAACUAAAUAAAAACUAGAAUGCCCGCUCUUAAACUAAUUAAAACUAAACUGUAAUGGAAAAAAAGAUGUCAAAACUAACUAAAACUAAACUAUGAUGACAAAUCCAAAACUAUUAUAACCUUGGUGUGAACAACAUAGCCUAAGAUUAAAUUGUGUGCUUAAUGUAACAGAACAUUUUUUCUGUAAUGGGUUUUGUGUCUGUGGAAGGGGGGUCCUUUUUUAAAAAACUCUGAUUCCAGCCCUCUUCCAACACUUUUCAAACUCCUGUACAGAGACGACAUCCUCACAGCGCUCUGUAAUCGCUGACCGUGAUAUUACUCUAGUCGUAGAAGACCGAAGCUUUGAUUUCUUGCUUGUUAACUCUUCUCCUCCCUUUCUUUCUCAGGACGGCUUGGACGCGUUGGUGUAUGACCUCGACUUUCCUGCCCUGAGGAAGAACAAGAGCAUUGACAACUUUUUGAAUAGAUGUAAGUAGCAUCCAUCGUGCUUUACUCCCCACAUCCCCUUCCUCAGCAUUGAUCUGCCCCUGCGUGUUUAUGUUUACAGACCCUGUUACAUACGGGUAUAUAAGCUCGGGCUCAGAAAAAGAAGGCUGUUUUUGGGUCACCGCUUCUAUGUAGGCUUGGACACAAUAGGUGUCUGCUGCUUAGUGUCCCCAACAAAGAGGCUUUCAUAAAUGGUUGGUGACCCACAUGGUGCCUAUCGUGGUGGCUUCUCUUUUUUCAGUGUCCUCAGACCAGGGAACCCCACAAUUAUGUUUUAGACAAACAAGACAUACCAACGCAUACAAUGAAAUGAGUCUCAAUAUAAUGUUUCCAUUUUCAGCAGAUAAAGAAAAACAACCAAGGAGGUUAUAGGUACCACAGCAGGGACAUUAUAGGAAAUACAAACGAUCAUAUAGCAGGGUUUAUGCUGGGACCUGUUCUCGUAAAGCCGAGAGCAUUCACGGUGGGGGGCAGGGCAUGGAUGUUAUAUCACAGGGAUAAACUUCAUGUCUUUAAUUUCCUGGAUUACACACGGACAAACAUAUAAUUUAACCUAAAAACUUUAAUUAAGCAACAAUCGCUUACUCCCACCGUCUCUGUCAUAACUGCACAUUUCCCUCCCUUUCGGGCAUGUUUUACGGCCCUCACUUUUCAUUUUCUUUGGUUUCUCAAAGGAUUUUUCUCCGUUAAAUAAAUGUGGUAUCAAAAUCUAUUUUCAAUCAGUAUUCAUAUGCAGUAUUGACUAUAAAGUGACAGCUUGAAGCACUAUGGUAGCACUGAAUUAUGUUGAAAUACUGGGAAGGAUACAUUUAGACCUCUCCUCCUGUGGUCUGUCAAAGAUCAACAUUGCACUGAUGCCUUUAGUAAUAACCUUUCAAAUCUAUAAAAUUCUCAUGAUUGAAGAAUAGAUUUAGUUAGGAUAAUCUGUCGUCAUGGCUGGUUGAAAGAAAGAGUUGACAUACACAAACAGUCUGACUUUUUCAAACCACUUUUUGAUCCGUUUAAAGAACCUGAUCUUCAGUUUUCCAUGUUUGACAGACAGCCCAAGCUACUGUAAACCCCUGCGGCGAAACCUGCCAUUAAACAUUUCUUCAAUUACUGCUGCUACAGUACCUCAGUGUGUAGCAGCCAAGUGUUUGAGCUGCAUUGAUGGAUAUAGACUAAUGGACUGGCUGUCUUGUGAGGCACAGCUCCUAAGUAGCAUGCAUUGCCUGAAGGGCUCUAAAUUCUAAAUCUCUUUCCUCCGUGCAUUGAUGCUUUACACCCCAAUCACUGGAACCCACUGGAAUAAUCCUACCCCUACACAUAUGCAAAAACACACACAGUAUAUCUCUAGAAGCAACAUGAAAUCCUAUUUGUACCUCUUCUAAACAUGGCGUCCUCGCUUCUUUAGGUCCUCUGGGAAUUGUCCAAGUAGGGAUCAUGAUCCCUGGAACUUGUGUUCUAAGUGGAAAUGACUCACCCAAAGAUGUUCUUCUCCUCUAACCCAAGCCUUGCUUUUUAUUUUUAGAUCAAUUGAACUUGAUGCCCGAUACACCCCCCCUUCCUCAUGUAGUCCUGUGCCAGUUUUGACCCAUGUGAAUUGGAAAUGAUCCCCAUAGUUCAGCUAUGACCAAAUUUGGCUGUACAGUGAAUGCUACUUCCCAGAGGGGAGCGAGUUAGCAUUGUUACAUCAGGGAGAGGCCAACAAACUUUUUCCAAAAAGGCAUCCCUCAGCUGUGCACAGGAGCGCUUUCUUCUCUGUUUGCUGACAGAUGCAAUAAUUAGUCAUGAGAGGAAAACUCUGCCACAAAUUGCAGAAACAUACUAUUCUGUAAUGAAAAAUGGGGGUUGGGUUUUGCAGGACUAAAGGUCCUUACACAUCGGGGCCGACGAAUAUAGAACGCGGAACCACGAAAUAUUCUGAGGUGAAUUUUGACGUGCCUGACUAUAAACACCAAGCGCAAUGCGACUUUCCGGGGGGAAAAGACGCAUCCUGGGGAAGACUUUUGCCGGGGAAAGUCCCGCCUCCUUCGCCUCUGAUUGGCUAGAAAAGCUGGAAACGUCAUCACACGCUCAAGCCAAAUGGUCAGCACUUAUAGCCAAUCAGAGGCGAUAAGAUAAACAUGUGAAACUAUGGAAACAACCGGUAGCUUACGUUAGCACAGAGGAAAGUUAAAACAAAGAUGUUUAGCAAACUUUUAAUGCACACAAACCGUCGUCAUUGUCAGUUCACAGGUUAAAAGCCAAUUUAAAACAGUGUGUUUUUAGGAGUGAUUUAAAAGUGUGGGGGUCUGUACAGUCUCGGAUGGGUUUAGGGCAAGGAGACUUCCCUCUGAGGAUGGGAGGGCACGGGAGGGAGUGUAGUGGUGGAGCAGGUCUGUGAGGUAGGUGGGGGCCAGGUUGUUAAGUGAUUUGUGGGUGAGCAGGAGGAUUUUGAAUUGUAUGCGGUAUGAGAUGGGGAGCCAGUGCAGUUUUUGGAGGACAGGUGUGAUGUGUUACCGGGAGUUGGUGCGGGUGAGCGGGCGGGCAGCAGAGUUCUGAAUGUAUUGGAGUUUAUUGAGGACUUUGGAUGAUGAGCCUUAUAGGAUGCUGUUGCAGUAAUCUAGUCUGGAUGUUAUGAAUGCAAAUCACUGGGACACUAACGUUAUGCUAUUGCACAGUGAGUGAAAAAGGUCAGGUAAAAGACCUAAAGAUAAUGGAGUAAGGUUAUGAACUUCAAAUUAGCUUAAAUCUUCAAACAAAGUUGAUUUUUUUUUGUCAAGCUUUUGAUUUUUAUCAACAUGUCUUUGUUUUUGUUUUUUUUUUCAGACAAGGAAACCAUCAGUAAUAUUCGGGAUCUACGUAUGAAAGCGGUGGACUAUGAAGUGGUUAAAGUUAUUGGUAGAGGAGCGUUUGGAGAAGUGCAGUUGGUAAGAAUGUCAUGCAUUUCUAUUGUUUUAAAUAUCACCAUAAGUUUGUUGUAUUUAGUUUUUAUUUGUCCUGAAAAACAGUAAUUUUUUGCCCAAACUGCUAAGGUUUUUACAUCUUAGGAAGGCUAACGUCACUUCUUUUUUCGAUCUCUUUCAGGUAAGACAUAGGGCCACAAGCAAGGUUUAUGCCAUGAAGCUGCUGAGCAAGUUUGAAAUGAUCAAGAGGUCGGAUUCUGCCUUCUUUUGGGAAGAGAGAGACAUCAUGGCCUUUGCCAACAGUUCAUGGGUUGUGCAGGUAUGAUAUAAUGUGAUAGGAAAUUAAGUUUUCGAAAACCUUCUGAACUUAGUGGGAAAAUGAAGUUUUGGUCACAUAAAUGGAAACCCAGUUUCCUUUUGACCUUUUUAAAAUUUCAUUAUUUCUGUGUUUCAACUUUGCAUUUCCUCUCCGCAGCUCUUUUUUGCAUUCCAAGAUGACCGCUACCUCUACAUGGUGAUGGAAUACAUGCCCGGCGGGGACUUGGUUAACUUGAUGAGCAACUAUGACGUCCCAGAGAAGUGGGCUCGUUUUUACACAGCUGAGGUGGUCUUGGCUCUAGACGGGAUCCAUGCCAUGGGCUUUAUUCACAGGUAACCAGUCGUUCUCUCUGUGUUUGCUGGUCUGCCUCACUCACCUGCAAUAAAAUAUUUGUAGCACAUGUGUAAAAUAAUCUAUCUUUUAUGGCUCUUGACAACUGAGAUUGUGCGGAAGGAUCUAGAAGGUGUGGUGGCAACCUAUGCUCUAAUGGGGCUUUGUAAAAUGCAGGAAGUAGUUCAGGGUCAGAGGUACUGUUUUUGAGUGUAAGUGCUGGUUGCUUGUUUCUAAGUAUAGCUGUCUGUCUGAACUACUACUCAUUUCAAAGGCAGGGGGCCCUGUUUACUGAGACACCAAUUUCCGGUUUGUUGUAAAAAAUAUGUGAAAAAUUCAUAUUUAAUAUUUUAUCAUAUGGUCUUUAGUCUCUGCAGGAGUGAUGAGUAUAAACUUUAGAUUUAAGUGCCGUGGUCUUAACUGCACUCUUUUGACACAGAACAGAAGCCCUUAAAUACAGUUUUAUUUCCAUAAAACAGUAACUGAUAUUUCAACACUGAUAUUUCUCAGCCCCACGCGCACAGCUGCAGUGGUGGAACAUUCACAGCAUGACAGCUACGUUAAAUUGUCCUCUCGCUGUUUCCCCAUCAGCCCGCUGAAUGUUGCAGUAAAAGGACAUUUAAAGAAAACAUAAAUUCCACUCCCUCAGCCUCCAGCUCUCUUUACACCUCAUUACAUCUGACCUAUCGCAGCAGAACGCUUUGGCAACUCCAGACAGCUCUGAUUUGGAGUGCAGUUUUUUUUUCCACACGGGCACCUUAAAGCACCUCUUACUUUAAACUGCUCACUUUCACACAUGUUAAGAGUGCCAGUUUGAAUCUUCUCUUUGUGAGUUUGAUGUAUUGUUUGUAUGUCAAACACGUGUUUAACACCACUUUGUAUUUGCCUCCUCAGGGAUGUGAAGCCUGAUAACAUGUUGCUAGACAAAACAGGCCACUUGAAACUUGCAGACUUUGGGACCUGCAUGAAAAUGAACAAGGUAUGUGAUUCAGUUUCCAUCAGUAUUAUGAAGAUAUAGCAGCUGCAAACAUUAUUAUCCUGGGUAUUUCUAAUUAACUAUUUAUGUUUUCUUGUAAAAAUCUUACUAGGCAUACUUUGAGGGCUAAACAAGGCCAAUAUUGUGUUGAAACGGAUGAUUUUUUUUUCCGCCUCAGGAUGGUAUGGUACGAUGUGACACAGCAGUGGGAACUCCAGACUACAUUUCACCUGAGGUACUGAAAUCCCAAGGAGGAGAUGGCUACUACGGCAGAGAGUGCGACUGGUGGUCUGUGGGAGUGUUCCUGUACGAAAUGCUAGUUGGUGAGUUUUUUUAUUACACAUUGCUUUUCACCUGUCUGACAGAUAUAAAACACAAAAAUAAGCUUAGGAGAACUUAUAUUUUGCUUUUUGUACGCAUGUCUCAUGUUCUCUCUGUGGACAUAAAAGUAACCCCUGUUUUUGUUUUUGUUUUUGUUUUUUUGCAUAGGUGACACUCCUUUCUAUGCAGACUCCUUGGUGGGGACCUACAGCAAAAUCAUGAACCACAAGAACGCCCUGACUUUCCCCGACGACAGUGACAUCUCCAAUGACGCCAAGAAUCUCAUCUGUGCUUUCCUGACUGACAGGUUAGAAGGGGACAAGCUCCAUACUGGAUUCUUAAGACCUUUCCCCUGUUUAGGCAUUGAUCGCUUUCUAGCUUAGAAGGCUCAGUGGGGGGAAUCUCAAUUGAAAGAUAAAUUAAAACACAGACAUUGUGCCUCUUGUAUGUACAGUACAUAUAUAAGAAUUUCUUCUGCUCGUAUUUGUACAAAAAAAAAAUUUACACUGACUUUGUCCUCCUUGACCCCUCCAGGGAAGUCCGACUCGGCCGCAACGGUGUAGACGAGAUCAAGCGGCAUCCUUUCUUCAAGAAUGACCAGUGGACGUGGGAGAACAUCAGAGAGAGUAAGAUGACUGAUUACUUUCACACCUCCUGUUUCAUUUGGCAGCUCGCUCGCUGUUACCGCAGUCAUUAAGUCAGCGAUCAUGUUUUCCAUCUGACCUACUACAGACAGUUGCAGGAAAUUCUUGUGGACGAGCCAUUCAUUCAGUAUCCUUUCCAAGACCGAACGUGAUUCCUGCCCGGAGUCAUAAUUGGCAGUGCGGUGCUUUUUGAGGCCAACUGCAGGGGAAGCGAACGCUAAUGCGCCAGGAUUGACACUGGAGCAGAGAGAGAUUUAAAAGUAGAGCUAAAUCCAGGAGCUGCAGUCAGUUCUUUAGUGGCUUUAUAUUUAAUACUUAACUAGGCUGAUGUCAGCACUUUGGUGCCGUUCCACUGGCUGAGCCGCUCUGCUAACUGGCUGGUUUCCCUUGUUUUAAAAGACAGUUUGAAAAGAGAUCUGUGAUCCAGAAAAAAACAGCAAUAUAGGAAAAAGUUAGAGUCUUGACUUUGAACCAUCUUGAAGGUGAUCUGCUGUACCUCAGAAAAUACAUACAUGAUUAAAGGAUGGUACUGACUGUAUUUAUUUAAGAUAAUGGAGGCUGCAAAGGAUGCCAGUGUGCUACAUGUGAAUUCAGCCAUAUUGUUUAUGGUGAAUGCAAGCAGUAUUCAUUUCAGAGGUGUGUUUUGAAGCCUGUUUUCACACACACACACACACACUUACAAGCCUCUUUUGGGAUGUGUUUCUGUCCUCCGCAGCGGCCGCCCCUGUUGUGCCUGAGCUGAGCAGCGACAUAGACACCAGUAACUUUGACGACAUUGAGGAAGACCGGGGCGAGGAGGAAACCUUCCCUGUACCAAAGGCCUUCGUGGGCAACCAGCUCCCCUUUGUGGGCUUCACUUACUACAGCAACCAGCAGUAAGUCAAGUGUGACAGCCCCCCCACCCCCCUCAAGCUGUACUGAGAAUUAUUUAUGAAAUGGCACGCUUCUUAGUCCAUAUCUCACAUCAUAAAGAGUCUUGUGAGAUCGUAAUAAAUCUACAGACUGUGCUGCCUUCGUGGUAGAAAUGAAUUUGUCACAGCAGAUAAUGUUUUACUAGCUAAAUGUAGAGAAAAUGUCACAGAUUGAAGAACUCUUCUGUUUUACUCUUCAUUGUAACAUUCCUCUUCCUUGAGAAAUUGUGGUAGCUGGUAUUUUUCAUUACAUAUAAUUUUUUUCAAGGAUAAAAAAUCAAGUUUGUGGGGUUUUUUUUCCUGCAGUUCUUUGCGCUCCUCCUCAAAGACCAGUGACAAACGUAGCAGCUCCACAAAGGAAGACAAGAGUCAUGUAAGUGGACUACUUUUUUACCUACUUACAAAGAAAGUCUGUGAGAUUUACCCUUUAUUCGUCGGGUAUGAUCUAAAAAUCUUUUUCUUUUUGUUUGUCUGUGUCAGCUGGAGAACCUGCAGAAAAGGAUCUACCAGCUGGAGGAGCAGCUCCACAGCGAGAUGCAGCUUAAGGAUGAGUUAGAGCAGAGAUGCAGGUAUGGAGGAAGAUGUUGAUUCUUGCACAAUAAAUGAGAUGCUUUCAGAGACAAAAUACAUACAGGAAGCAGAAUGUUUGGUCACAUAGAAAGGCUGCCAAACAACUAUGAACUCAAGUGAAAUGUCAACAUAUCAAAUCCUGUUUUGUGUCUUGUGUCUUCAUUGAAUUGAUAUGUUUGGACUGGAAAUAGGACUGUGGCGAAGUUAUUUAAAGUUGGUUCCAGUAUUUUUUUGUAGCUUGAUAGGAGAAACUUUGAUUGAUCAAAUUAGGUCAAACUGAUUUUUGUGCACAGAAAAGCUAUUGAGAUUUUUCAGAUUUGUUAUGGGAAUGUGGGUCACUAAAAGUCUUCUCUCCACAGGACAUCAAAUACCAAGAUUGACAAACUCACAAAAGAACUGGAUGAAGAGGUAAACAGCAAACUUAUUUAAAUUCCUUCCUUGUUUCAAUCUAUUAAUCCUUGAUACUUGCUGAUUUGGUUCGCAAAAAUAUCUAAAAGAAGAAGCUUUUAUUUUGGCAAUUUGGUCGAACAUUCAAAAAGAAUGUGAAAGUAGUUAAAAACAUCAGUGUUUAAAAUUUAAGGCUAGAUCAAGGAUGGGUUUCUUCCCGCCUCACCACAGCAGCUCUCAUGUUUCCUUGCCACAGGCGAACCUGAGGAAGACCACAGAGGCCAGCAUGUCUCUGCUGGAGAAGGACAAGAUCAUGCAGCAGCACAGAUUCACCGAGUACCAAAGAAAAGCUGACCAGGAGGCAGAGAAGAGACGCAAUUUGGAGAACGAGGGUAAAUAUAAUGAGGUGCUGCAGACGUGUGAUUCAGACACUUUGCAAUUAAAGGUCUAAUUGCAGAGUGGAGCAGGAAGGAGGGCAGUCAUUGAGAAAUGUUUUUGCAAUAUGUUAAUCCCUCAUCCUCGCAGCAUUUAUUCCCAUAAUAAACAGCCUGUGUUCAGGUGUGACCCGCGUGUUGUUUAGUAUCAUUUCAAUCAGGAAAUGGCUCAUAUUUACACAGCGGCUAUUGUCCUCAGAUGUCACUCAGGCUAGGAAGCUUCAUGCAGUUUAUUAUCUUGCACUUCUGAGCACAAGAUUUUAAAAUCAUAUUAAUAGUGGAAAUAUAAAUAAUGAUCAUUUAAUGGCUCCCCCCCUGCCAAAUGUCAAUUAAAGAGACCAUGAAUGGUCCAGUAUCGCCAAUAGGCUCUGACUUUUACUCUUUUAGCGUAAAUUAUUGCUUUACUUCUGAGCUUGUUGAAAGCUAACAUUAGUGUUUUACCACUUUUACUUCGAUUAUAGUGGUACAUGAAACACUUGGAAAGGUGUAAACUCAGUCAGUACUUUUCUAUUGAACAGUUUUGUGUGUGUUAAGAGUAUCAGGAAGUGGUAAGUUUCUGGUUUUCACUGCCAGCACUUACACCCUGCGCAUGUCAGCUGAAAAUGGCCACUGAGUGAAUAUUUUCAAUUGGAUUAACUUAUGUUGGUAGUUUGAUAGAACCUUAAAUUAAUCUGAUUUCCCAUCUGUGUUUUCAAAGUUUCAACUUUAAAAGAGCAGCUUGAAGACAUGAGGAAGAUCAGCCAGAACUCUCAGGCUUCAAAUGACAAGAUCGUCCAGCUGCAGAAUCAGGUAUUCACACUCAAUCACACAUACACACAUACAGCUAGGACAACCCCUAGAGGGCAAAGCAUCAAAAUUUCCCUCUCUGUUUUGAUGUAACAGCUGGAAGAGGCCAAUGACCUCCUGCGGGCAGAGUCAGACACCGCCGCAAGGCUGCGGAAGAGCCACACAGAGAUGGGCAAGACGGUGAGCCAGCUGGAGAGCUUGAACCGGGAGCUGCAGGAGAGGAGCCGUGCGGUGGACGCAGAGAAGGCCCAGUUGGAGAAGGAGCUCCUGGUUCUGCAGAGCACCCUGGACUCGGAGAGGAGGAAUUACAGCCAGGGCUCAGAGGAGAUCAGGGAGCUGCAAGGUGACUCACAAUAAGGAUGACACAGACGAAUGCAAAUCACACUCUAAAAUCCUUAACAGCUUAGUUUGAUGUUUAGCUAACUUUACAGAGAAGACUUUAAAAUGCUAAUUAAUCCCUGUAAGUUUAAACUAACUCUCUAAGGCUUGUUAUCUCACUCAUUUAGACAUCUGAGCUCAGUCAUUAGACAGCUGCAGAAAUUAAAAACCAUCCUACAUGAUCAAGCCAUGGUGGCGCCCACAGCAGUUAAAUUAGUUUAUAAUUUACAAUAUCAGAUUUAAGCUUAUCAGUGUUGUAGAACUGGAGGAGGAGAAGGCGGUUGGAUGGAAGAGUUGAUUUCCUUAAAGUAAAACUGCAUUUCUUUGGAUGGUUAAGACACUCAGAACUAUCUGAUUUUCUACAAUAAAAAUGAGGUUUCAAUGACAAAACACAAUCUCACAAUAUCAAGGCGUAAUAGUGAAUUUUUGCAAAAUAUUCUCUUUCCAGCGAGGAUGGCAGGGCUGCAGGAAGACAACAAAAACUUGAAGCUCAGCCUCUCCAAAGUGGAAGGAGAACGCAAACAGUCCCAGGAGAGGAGCAACAACCUGGAGAAGGUAUAUACUAUAUACCUAAUGAUAGUAUUUAAGCAUAUACGAACGUGCUUCCAGCCAGUAGAAUUGAAGGGGAUAGCAGUUAUUUUGUGUCUCUAAUUGGAUAAUAGCAGCUUCACGUUGUUUCCUCGCUCAUCCCCUCCCCGCAGGAAAAGAACAACCUGGAGAUCGACCUGAACUACAAGCUGAAGACCUUGCAGCAGCGUCUUGAGCAGGAACAGACCGAGCACAGGGUGACGCGGGCACAGCUCACUGACAAAUAUGAGUCUAUCGAAGAAGCCAAAUCAGCUGCCAUGACUGGUAUGUCUGUUCUGUGUCGGAGCAUGCCCUUCUCUGCUUUUUAUCAACUCAAUGUUUUCCAGUUUGAGUUUUUAAUUUCUGUCAAACUUAAACCAUCUCGUCUUCAUUCUUGAAUAGCCUUCCCACUUUUAUUUUUAAAACCUUCUUUCUGACCCUGUCUUUGUGUUUCAUUGUCCCUGCCUACCAUCUGAUCAGAAUCCUGCAGGGGAUAUUUGGGUUAGAGGAAUUUAAGGAGUGUAAGCCAGUCAGCAUGUCAGAACAUCCCCUCAUACAUAUGAAAGACUUAAAGCAGUUUUUCAGUAGAUUGAUGUACUUUUUGAUGUUUCUAAACUUUUUUUAAUUCAAGUUUCAACACAAACAAAAUAGAUAAAAACACCACUCAUGACUCAUCAUUUUGAUUGUCUAAUGAUUCUUUCAAACUUUUAUUUUUUACUUUUUAGAUUAUUGUUAUGCACUUUUGACUGGUGUCAGGCUGAAAUCCCUCCACCUACUACAGCAGGCUUCUAUUUGAACUGACACCACUAAAUACCAACAGAUCCCUUCUGUCCUUGCUAGCUUACACUGGCUGAUUUCAGAUUUUUGAUUGCUUUCGAAGCUGUACAUUGAUACCAUCUUCUGACUAUGAGAUAGGGCUGAGCGAUAUGGCCUCAAAUCAAUAUCACAAUAUAAUGAGUUCACCUCCUUAACGAUAAAUGGACGAUAACUACUUCACAGGCUGCUCACCCCCUCCCACAUUAAAUUCGUCUACUUCAGUCGCUGCUCCAGCUGCUACAACUUUUGAACCGUCCUCCAUCUCCUCACCUGUCUUUACCUCUUUGUUAAAGACUGGAUGGGGUGGAGUCACGUCUCUGACGUAGGACAGCGUCUUAAAGGGACAUGAGACCAUAGCCUACCUACACACAUCCAAGAGCAACUUUUUUUAAUUAAUUUUUUUGACACAGAAUAUAUUGACAUCAGCAAAAUGUCGUAAAUUUCGGUAUCUGUAAAUUUUCGGUUUAUCGCCCAGCCCUACCCUGAGAUCAGAGGAUGCAGCUCAAUCGGACGUUUUGAGAUCCUAGUUUCCAACCCAAGGUGACCACGAGGCCUUUAGAGUUCGAGCCCUGAGACUUUGAAACUCUUCACUUAUGUGACAGUCGACAUAUUCAGUCUCUUUUUAAUCUUCUCCCAGAGGAAAGCUUUUCUAAGUUCUUAAAUUAUCUGCAGAUAAAAAUACUAUUACUUUCUGACUUCUAAUCUCCAGCACUUUUUAAUCUGUCUUUUUUAUGCUUCUUUUCCAUCUGCUUGUCUUUCACUUUUCGCUUUUUUUUUUUGUGAAGCACUUUAUAACUUUGUUAGAAAAAGUUUGAGGCGCUGGUUGAUCUUGUUUUCAACACACACCACAUGUACAGAGGUUUCUUCAACUCCCAGCCUUGACCUUUUGCUUUAUGUCUUUAUCAUCAUGUUAGUUGGAUAUGAUUAUAAAGAAACUCUCAGAAUUGGUGCAGUUUGAGCAGAUGGAUUUUCCAAAGUAGCAGGCACACUGAUAUGAUCAUGGUAGGCUUGUUGGAUUUUCGUGUUCACUCAGCUGGCAGCAGAACAAACAACUAAACACGAUCUUUCUCGGAUCUCUUACCACACCAGCUGUCCAGCAAAAGAUGUCUGAGGAGAACGGAGCGAGGAUGCGGGCAGAGAGCCGGGUAGUGGAGGUUGAGAAGCAGUGCUCCAUGUUGGAGUUUGACCUGAAGCAGUCUGUGCAGAAGAUGGAGCAGCUGAUGAAGCAGAAGGAACGGCUGGAAGAUGAGGUAAGCAGUCCUUCUCUUUUCUUUUUUUUUUUUUUUUUUUCCUUGGGCUUCUGCGAUUCUCCUUUAAUAUUCAGCUUCAUAGAACUAAUUUUUACAUCUUUCUUCUCCAGGUGAAGAAUUUGAGGAUACAGGCAGAGCAGGAGUCAAGCAAGCGUGUGCAGGCCCAGAACGACCUGAAGAGCCGCACGCAGGAGGUGGACCGUCUGAGGGUUUCAGAGAAGCAGCUCAAACAGGAGACCAACACGGCGCUGGAGAGUAAACGCUCACUGGAGUUCCAGCUGGCUCAGCUGACCAAGUGAGUUGGCAUUCUGCACUGGAAUGGACUUGUUUUUGUCUUGUGACACUUAGUGAUCAUGUGUUGUGUAUUUAAUAAACUCAAGAGAAAACCAUAAACUACACCCACAAAUGUGAAAUACUUCACUUUCUGUUUACUCCAAAAGAGGGAGACUUAAAAGUAACGGCGUAACUUAUCUUUGCUCUCAUACUAACAGGCUGUAGUUUGAGCCAGGAGCUUUGAUUUUCUGCUUCUCCUGCACCGGCCAGUAAUGCUCUUUGGAAGUCAAGGCGUAAAUUGGCCCACAAUUGCCUGUGAUUUUCAAAUUAGUACUAUUAUUGCAGCUUAGACAGUGACUCUGCCAAAGCUGGUCUGCGACGGUGUUUACAUCAGAGGAUUAGGAUUUACUCUGUGUCCAGCUCCAUGCACUCUGCUGCUAAUCCUCUGGCUAGUGCUAUAGCCAGUGCUGCUGGUUACAUUUCAAAGCAAGGACUGACAAAGAGGGUUUUUUUGUGCUUUUUGUUUUUGAAAGUGCUCAAAUUGGGCAAUGGGGACAAUUAGCUUGCUCGGGGAUUUAAAGAAGAAACAAAGUGCCUGAUUGAUUCUUUGUGUUUUCACAGACAAUACAGAGGCAACGAGGGACAGAUGAGGGAACUUCAGGAUCAGCUUGAGGCCGAACAGUAUUUUUCUGUAAGUAGUCCUCAAAUCCGAGACCUCUUAAUGUGGUUUGAAAGCUGCAGGCUAACUGUCUGUAUUCCUCCUCCUGUCAGACACUUUAUAAAACUCAGGUCAAGGAGCUCAAAGAGGAGAUUGAAGAGAGGAACCGGCAGAUACAAGACGCUCAUAAAAAGGUGCAAGAUUUGAGCGGUGAAAGGUAAGAGACUCAUCCGAAUUUCACUUUACUCAAGUGUUUCACGUAUCCUUCUCCUGUCAGUAUUAUUCUGGUAUGGGGACUAAAAACUGUGCCACGGCUUAUCUAACUGCUUUUUUUUUUCCUGGUCAAAGGGAUUCCCUGUCUGCCCAGCUGGAUCUGACAGUGACUAAGGCAGAGUCAGAGCAGCUCGCCCGGGCGCUUCAGGAGGAACAAUACUUUGAGCUCAGCCAAGAGAACAAGAAGGCAACAGCUAGACAUAAGCAGGAGAUCGGUGACAAGGAGGCAACGAUUGCACGGGUGAGAACAGCCUGAAUUGUCUGAAUUAAUCCCAUUUUUAAAAAUUCUCAUCUCUAUGAACAGUACAGACAAUUACCUUCUUAUUUAUGUGUCUACAGCUCGAGGAAUCCAAUAUAACUCUGACCAAAGAUGUAGAAAACCUCAGCAAAGAGAAGGCUGAGCUAAGUGAGAAGAUUCAAACUCAGGAAGAAGGUACGGCCCAGACUUUGGCAUGUUUGAGUCUUUGCUGUGUUGAAGUCACGUCUUUGUACAAGACUUAUGUUUUUGUCCCUCGACAGAGUAUGUAGCUCAGAAGGAGGAGAUUGCAAACACAAUCAAGGCCAACUAUGAGAAGGUCCUCAACACAGAGCGCACACUGAAGACUCAGGUAUGGAUGCACCUCAUUUAGCUUAAAGGUAUCCUCAAACUCUGCUCUGUUGGAAAUGAUGGUUGACACUUCUUCAUCUGUCCAACUGAUCAGGCGGUGAACAAGCUGGCAGAGAUCAUGAACCGCAAGGACAUGAAGCUGGACCAGAAGAAGAAGGGCAGCACAGCUGACCUGCGGAAGAAGGAGAAAGAAAACCGCAAGCUUCAGCUGGACCUCAACCAGGAGAAGGAGAAGUUUAACCACAUGGCCAUCAAAUAUCAGAAAGAGCUGAGCGAGAUGCAGGCGGUGAGUAACGGGAUCUGUAGGAUACUUUAACGUGUUAGAACAGCCCAAAUUCCUGUUCCUAAUCAAAAUCUCUUGGACUUUCUAACAACAGCAACUCGUAGAGGAAUGCACAUAUCGUAAUGAGCUGCAGAUGCAACUGGACAGCAAGGAGAGCGACAUCGAGCAGCUCCGGGAGAAACUGAAUGACCUGCAGCAGCGCAUGGAUAACUCCAGCGUCACCAGCCUGCAGACAGAUGAGACAGACAGCAAUAUCGCAGGUAGGGUCACCUGGACACCACUUUUCCUACUUUUAACAUGAAAUACACACUGAAACAAGUCUAGCAAUUAAAUGUAACCGUCUGUAAAGAGCCUGAGAUGUAUAAUCGUAAACCAAGAAUUCAAGGAGAUUUGUCUCAAGAAUGACUGAAUGGUUCAAGGGUUGCUGUUUGUAUUAUUUCCUGGAUGUUUCAACAGGAAUUAACCGGCAAACUUUGUAAAAAAACACUCUUUAUUUCUUAAGGAUGCUUCUGGACUAGGGAUGUAUGAUAAGAGAUAACGGACAUAAUAUCACACUGGUAGAUAAAACCCUAAAAAAGUGAAUAAUGAGUAUCAGACAUGAUCAUUUCUGCUGAUACGGCUGAUAAAAUCGCACAUGAGUUAUGCACACACAGUGACAGCUUCAACAAGCUUUAUGUCAGCUGUAUUUUUAAAUGUUGGAAACAUAGUAAAAUAGCAAUUAGAUAGGAAUGCAGGUGGAGUUCAGGUAAAAUGAGGAGGAGCAUACAGCAUAGGACUGGGCGUCAAACUAAAAAUUUAGUGAUACCGAAAUUUACAACAAUAACCAACGUCAUUUUGCCCAUACCGGUAUAUUCGGUGUCAAAAAAACCAAAUAACUAAAAGUUGGUUUUGGAUGUGUGUAGGUAGGCUAUGGUCUCAUGUCCCUUUAAGACGCUGUCCUACAUUUGAGACGUGACUCCACCCCAUCCAGUCCGUAACUAAGAGGGAAAGACAGGAGAUGGAGGACAGUUGAAAAGUUGUAGCAGCGGCUGAAGUAGACGAAGUUAAUGUGGGAGGGGGUGAGCAGCUUGUGGAGUAGUUAUCGUCCGUUUAUAGUUAUCGAGGUGAACUGCCCAGUAUAUCUUGAUCUUGAUUUGAGGCCAUAUCGCCCAGCCCUAAUACAGCACUCCUUAAUCACUACCAACCUAAUUAUGCAUCAAGUACAGCGGAUAGAAUUAAGUAAGGCACGAUAUGUUGAGUUCAUAUUGUCAAGUUAUUCCCCUUUAAUUUGCUUUCACUGGCCAAACAUUUGAAUGAAUUCUGACUUUGAAUGACAUCUUCUCUACUUAUUGAAAUCAGUUUAGCGUUUUAGUCGCGUGUUUGUGUGGCAGAAGUUUCCACGCAGCGUGAGAAACUUUGUGCAUAUUGAGCAGACUGUUAAACAGGCGCCCAGGAAUCCAGAUUUGGUUCAUUCAAAAGGAAAUCAGAGCAUCUAACACACAUCAGUGGACAAAUAUGUGUUACUCUAGGUGUGUUUCAUGAUACUGGUUGAUAAUUGCUGUGGUUAAAUCAUUCUCUCUUUAUCCCCCUCAUGUCCAGCCGGUUCUCCUCUCCUUCUUAUCUUUGUAACUUCUAUUCCUUUCCCUCUGUGAGUAACUGAGAGGACAAGCCCCUCUUGCCUGGCCUGCGCUGCAGCUGUUGUGUGUUUUCUGUCUUUUUUGCCUCUUUAAGUUUUCUUUUGCCGGAGGUGAGAAAGCCAUCUCUGUUUGGGGGAGGGAAACACUUUUGAAAGAGGUCUGAAGAUGAUAUUUUAUUCCCCCCAAAAAUGUCAGCAGAUUUUUGAACAACAAAGUUUUCUAAGACGAAUCUAAAGAGGCUGCUGGUGAAUUUGUCUCAUGUCACACGAGUUCAGCCCUAACGGUAAAGUAACCACAUCAGACAGUAGGAGGCCACACCCUCACUCUCAGCAACUUUCAAAACGUGUCUCAAAAGUGAAAAAGCUGUUUGUUUUUGUAGUUCAUAGCACUGUGUGUUUGAAAACACAUAACACUCUUAUUGUUUUGGGUCUUUUGUCAGCAUGUUCACCCAGAAGCACUGCUCCUUUGGACACCAAGACCUCCUUCACAUUUACACACACACACCGUAGACAAGCCCCUCUUAGUUCACUGCUCCCCCUUUAACUUGUGUUGUUUCAGCUGCAUGCACUCCAAGUUAUUUUGACUUUUGAAUAAUGUGUUUAACCUGCAAACGCACAUGGUAUCUCUCUGAAAAGAGUGAGUGACAGAGAUAACUGAGAGAAAAUAAACAUUAACCUCUGCUCUGAUCAUCUUUGUGAGAAGCUUUUAGCCUAAUCUGGAACUAUGUAAAGUGUCUUUUAACAUGCUGUUAAAGAACUCCAACAAGGCUAAUAUGUCCCUCCUGCAUGAGGAGUGUGUAGUCUCAGCAUGGGGAUCUCUAAACUCACCUCUUCUCGCUGACUCCAGUGCAGCUCCUGUAACGCUAGCAGAACUCCACGAAGGGUUCACCUGGUGUUUUGAAACAUCUAUGACCUUUAUCACUUAACUUUUGAUUUAUUUUCCCCCCUCAGUUAAGUUUGGAUUUGAGCACUGCAUGGCCUGUGCGUGUCUGUCACAGCGUAGGUUUUUAACUCUGCUUUCUUCUGAAUAGAAUCAAGACUGGAGGGCUGGCUGUCCAUUCCGAACCGUGCUAAUAUCAAGCGAUACGGAUGGAAGAAGCAGGUAUGCUGUGUUUAUUUGGUGCUUCCUUUUUUUGUGCCCCGCAUUGUUUCCAAGUCUGCUUCGGUUUGUUAAGAAUGCUACCAACCCCUUGAGGGCAGUAUCCGCCUUCCUCUCAUUGUCCUUUUUAAAUAUUUGCAGUAUGUGGUGGUGAGCAGUAAGAAGAUUCUGUUCUACAAUGACGAGCAGGAUAAAGAGCAGUCCAACCCCUCGAUGGUACUAGAUAUUGAGUAAGUAUUCCUCCUGUCCUCUGUCUCUGAUAAAACUCUUGAUUGAUUAAGAGUUUGGUCACUUUGUUGGACAUAUGUCAUUGUUGGUUUUAUGCUUUUCUGUGCAGCAAAUUAUUCCAUGUGAGACCAGUCACACAAGGAGACGUGUACCGGGCUGAGACAGAGGAGAUUCCAAGGAUAUUCCAGGUUGGAAGCUUUUCCCUAUCCGUGUGAUUUUCUCACUUUUCAUACAUUUCUGUUUUUCAACUUUUUUUUUCAACUUGGCUCUUUCUCUCCGUCUCUAGAUCCUUUAUGCCAAUGAGGGAGAGUGCAGGAAGGAGGCAGACAUGGAGACGGUCCCUCAGGGCGACAAGACCAACUGUCUCCCACACAAAGGCCACGAGUUCAUCCCCACGCUCUAUCACUUCCCUUCCAACUGCGAGGCCUGCGCCAAGCCUCUGUGGCACGUCUUCAAGCCGCCUCCGGCCCUGGAGUGUCGCCGCUGCCACGUCAAGUGCCACAAGGACCACCUCGACAAAAAGGAGGACGUUAUCGCUCCUUGCAAAGGUGAAAAAGCCUUUUCUAGACGAUCCUGUUACAGCUUUGAGCUGAAAUGUUCAGGGUCAAGAUUGAGGGUUUGCUCAAGGCUUGUCGUGCUCUUACAGGUGCUCGCCAGUUAAUUCACAUUAUUGGGAUAUUCUCUGCCGUCAUACAGUAAAUACAGCCACACCUUUGGCUAACUUAACCUCCACUUAAGGAGGAGCAAAAACAGCCGAGUGAAACACGCUGAGUGAAAGACAUCAAGUUCUGAAAUGUAAUAGCUGAUUUCUCCGAUAAGUGAGGAUUUGUUGAUGUUUUUUAGCUCAAAUUGGCAAAGAUUUGCUGGAUCGAGCUCCCUAAAUGUUUUUUUUCACUUUGUUUUUCUUCUGUCGUCUACAGAGACAGGCUAAAAUGUUGUUUUAAAUAGUCUUUUUAAAUGCUGAACAUGUACAAGUCUGAGUUACCGUCAACAUUUCAGUUUUACUUUCUCUUCAACAGCUGUAACCUAUGUAACCCAUCUUAUGGGUCACCCUUAAGAUGCGCUAUUUUUCGGAUCAUGUUUAUCAGACUUUAUUCUUGACCUGCGUUAUUUCUGAUGUUUCCUACAGUAAACUACGAUGUGACCUCUGCCCGGGACAUGCUCCUGCUGGCCCUGACUCAAGACGAGCAGAAGAAAUGGAUCGGUCACCUCGGAAAGAAAAUCCCCAAGACCCCGCCAUCCACUUUUUCAAGAGCUUCACCUCGUUCUAUGUCCACUCGCUCCGGACCAAAUCAGUCCUUCCGCAAGAACCCUAAAAGCAAUACAGGAAAGCUGAGGUAACUCGACAAUCUUUGACUCAUUGGCCCUGCAUUUCUUUUUUAGAUGUCCUUUUGAAAUAAGACGAUUGCAUGAAAUAGAAUAAGGCACUGUGAUGUUGUUUUAGGCAGUAAGUGAGGGUGUGCAGCAGUCACAAGUCUUAUUUUAUCCCCUGUGCUGGGCUGAGCUGUGGUCAAGUCAGUGGCGUGACCUGCUGUUUGUCUCCUGUGUUGUAGCAGGGCGCAGUCCAGCCUCCAUGCAGACACAACAUCCAGCACUUGUUGACAGGAACUUCUUCAGAAAGUGUUAAUACAUUUUUUUAGUCUUUUUCUCUACAGCUUUAAACUUACCUAUUUAUUAAUUUUGUUACUGGGUGUUUCUAACACCAGACACUUCCGGGUUGGUUGGUUGGUUGUUGGUUUGUUGGCUCCUGGGCUCUUUCCAGUUGACACGUGGGACUUUUCUAAUAAGCACUAAUGUGUUGUUGGGCUCAGUAACUAACUCAUUUGAUUUACUAUUCAACUCAUCAGACAGUCCACAUGAAGGACUCUGACAUCACCUGUCAAACACAAUGCAGAAAGAUGUUAAGUGUCUGUAAACCAGCUUCUCUGUUGAUUCAGUUUGGGUUACUAACCGAGGUAAUAAUGUUGUCUUUCUUUCACUGGACACCUGUCUCUGUUCUGUCUUUCAGCUAACCAUCUGAAUCAUUUGGAUUUAGUUCUGGACUCUGAACUUUUUGUCCUUCCUCACCCUUGAAAAAACGGAUAACUGUUUUUUUUUUUUUUUUUGUCUAAAAUUCAUUUAAAAAAAAAAAAGAGAAAAAGUAUAUUGACAUAAAACCCAACGGUGGAAAUUACAACGCAUGCCACACACAAGCUUUUGUGGACAUUCAGAGGCCUGAUCCUCAGAGCCCCUCUGUAGCCUUUCCUCCUCGAAGACUGCUGUCAUCCGACUCAUCAAACUUGCAGUGCUCCAUCUCUACCAGAAGAUGGCUCCCUCGCCUUUGAACUCAAGUCUGACUGUGGAGCAAUAGAGGGACUCAUGUCAUGGAGACUUUCUGUAUCAAACUGAAUGACACACAGUGAAAAAGGUAAAAGGGGGUUUGCUGGGACUCCUGCAAGUAUGUGUUCAGCUAAAGGUACUGUCAUACAGGGAUCGCAGAUCUGCAGUGAGUGGUUGUGUCUCAGGGGUGGAAAAACGAAUAUCUGUUUUGUCAUUUCUUUCCCCAUGUGACAGAUACUCCAGCUAAAUGCAUGCAUAGUUCUGUUUCCAGCUGAAAAAAUAAGACUGAUGCCUUUAUCUAAUAUCUUUGGCCUUUUUGCCUUUAUCUUAUCACUCUACAAGUCACUUAUCAGGUUUCGGACAGAGUAUUGGGACUUAAGUAUUAGAUGUGUUUUUGGAGUAUUUUGAGUGAGGAGCAUGCAAGAUCAUCAUUUAAAUCUAUGCAUUAUUUUUAUUGUUAUAAUUAUUUUUAUUGCUCCAAGCCAUAAGGAAAAAUCCAUUGUAAUGGCAUAUAGGAGUCAUAAAACUUAAUUGAUUUUUUUCUGUUUAUUUGGUACAUUGUCUCUGUAAUAUUUUUUUUUUCUUGUAUUGUUUAUUUUUUGUAAUGUAUUGCCUUACAUUGAUUCAUAGAUAAAUGGUUCAAAAGGAAACAUUAAGUUAACAAAUGUAAACCUGCACUGUUUGAAUUGUAAAUUAUUUGUAGAAGACUAAACAGGUGUAGCAUUUGGCCCACCUAGUGCCUUAACGUUUGGAUCUUGAUUUUACUGCCAUAUCUGUUUGCUUUUUUUUUUCCUUCUCCAAAACAAGACAAAUCUUAACUCUUCCAUCAUUUAUUUUUUAAGAAAAAUCGCCACAGGUUUGUGGUUUUAUCUGAGCUUUUUUUUUCUGGUUUGAGUAUAUAAAGUAUAUAUAUUAGGUUACAUCUUUAUGGACACAUGCAAUAGAGUUAGCGUGUUUAAACAAAGUCCCCACACUUGAUUCAUAUCACAUGACAAAUUUUGGGAUGGUGUACCUAAAGGAGCCUAUCUGUGUCAUUGAUUGUCAAAGGUAACAGCUACAAGUUUGUUCCUCUAACACGGUAAUGUCCCGUUAAUGCAAACCCCCCAACAGUGUAUAUAAUGAGAGAGACAUGAGGAUUAUGGAAUACCUCCGCAAUCUUUUAUUUGUAACUUUUUGUUCAGUUAAAAAAAGCACUGGAACUAUGAUCUACUCUUGUCUUGGAUAAUUUGCAUGGUUAAUUGCAUUGGAGUCCGCACUGAGGGAUAUGUCAAUAAACAUAUCUUUAUCAUUCAC